AUAUUGGUUCAAAAUGCAAAUCCUUUCUGCAAAUGAUGUCAAAAUCUACAAUUUAAGUGCAGGCAAGUCAAUCCCAGACUGGAUAACAGAUCGAAAAAGACGCAAAUUGGAACAAAAUGAUAUAGAUCUGAGAAGAAGAAUACAGUUGAUACAGGAUUUUGACAUGCCCGACAUUAGCAAUACAAUCACGGUAUCUCCUGACAGACGUUAUAUAUUUGCCACGGGUACUUAUAAACCAGUUCUAAAAUGCUUUGAUGUAAGUGAUCUGUCGCUAAAGUUUUCGCGUGGCCUCGAUGCGGAUGUUGUGAAAAUGGCUGUUCUUAGUGAUGAUUAUUCUAAAUUCGUGUUGUUGGAGGAAGAACGGUAUGUGGAGGUGCAUGUGGCUUAUGGAAGGUAUUUUAGGAUGAGGAUACCCAAAUUUGGUUAUGAUAUGGCUUUUUGCCAUGAAGUGAGUGAUCUCUACAUUGUAGGAAGUGGCGAAUUGCCGAUAGUGACUUCAGUAUGUUUCAAAGAUGCGCUUCAUUUGGGAGUCGGGGCGAGUACUGGUCAUGUUUUACUAUUCGAUAUUCGAUCUAACAAACCUCUGCUCAUCAAGGAUCAUCAAACUGGUUUGCCGAUAAAUAAAAUUGAUUUUGUACCGGAGCACAAUCUUGUUUUGAGUAUGGAUAUGCGUUUAUUGAAAAUAUGGGAAGAAAUUGAUGGUAAACCAUUCGCAGCAAUCGAACCUGGAUCUAAUCUAAGUGACUUCUGCCGGUAUCCAGACUCUGGGCUUUUAUUUUUUGCUAAUGAAGCUCCUAAAAUGCUACAAUAUUUUGUUCCGGCUCUCGGUACAGCUCCUAAAUGGUGUUCAUAUCUUGAGACGAUCACGGAAGAAUUAGAAGAAACAGAACAACCUGCAGUAUAUGAUGAUUACAAGUUUGUGACGAAAGAGCAACUUGAAGAAAUCGGUCUGUUACACCUUGUUGGAACUGGCCUUCUGCGUGCAUAUAUGCAUGGAUACUUCAUUGAUAUUCGAUUAUAUAAUAAAGCGAAGACAUUCACGCAACCAUGGGCAUAUGAAAAUUAUAAGCAGAGAAAGGUAAUGGAAAAAAUUGAUGAAGAACGUUCCUUGUCAACUGCAAUCAGGAAAUCAAGGAAGCCUAAAUUACCAAGCGUGAAUAAAGAACUAGCUGAGAAGUUGUUAACUUCGAUAGAAGAAAUGAAAAACGUUAAUGGAAGGACAAAGAGAAAGAAUGAGGAUGCGACUUCCAUAUUGUCAGACGAACGUUUUGGUUCUCUGUUUACAAAUCCUGAUUUUCAAAUUGAUGAAAGCAGUGAGCAGUUUCAACUGCUUGUCUCAGCUAUAAAAAAGCUAGGAGAAAAACGACAGUCAUUGUUGAAAAAAGAUGAUGGUAGGACAAACAAUAGCAACAAGAAGGUAUCCUUACGAGCUCUUAAAGCACUUGCACAUUUAAUUCUGCCGAAUUUGCAAGUUCCAGAAAUACGAAGUAUGGAAGAUCUGGACAUCUAUGAAAAUACAAUCAUUGCUAGCAGGAGAAGUGAUGAUGGAAGUUUCACUGAAAUUGAUGUCAAAGAUGAAGAAAAUAAUGUAGUAGGAAAACCAUCUAUGACCAGUGAUGAGGAAGGUAGUGAUGACGAAGGAAUGCAAUCGGCAGUGCGAGAAAAGCGGAAAAUUAUAAAACCAAAAGGUUUUAACUUAAUCGAAUCAGAUAUCGGUGAAGACACCGUACAAUACUUCAAGGAGAAUAACGCUAAUGAGAAUGCUAUUUCAUUUUUUGCUCAGACUGAGGCUGAAACGAUGGGUAUGAAACGCAAGGUGUCAUCAGAAGUUGUGGGCGGAAGUAAACAAUGCAUACCAUUUGGUGGGCUAGAAAUGACAUUUGAAAUGAAAACUUGUGGAUUGGCUGCAAAAAAGGAAUGUUUGGCAAGAAAAGAAAAGGAACAUUUAGUGGAAAGAAAGGAAAUUAGACGAGAUAUAAAAAGAAUAAACAAAGUGUUGAAAAAAGUUCCCGUAUGGAGGACAAGUCGACGGAAAAGAUCCACUGAGUAA